UCGAGCUUGUGCCGGAUCCUGGGCUGCCAGAGGGACGGGGAGACUGGGGGAGGGAGACGGCAGCAGCAUGGCGGCCGGGAGCGAGCCGCACAGCCCACCUCUUCCCCGCUGUCGCCGCCGCCGCCACCGGAGUCGCUGCGACCCUCUAGUCUACGUGUGUUAGUUGUGAGCCGCCGCCCAUCGGACAACCCUCCGCUCCACCGGCCCUCCUUCCUUUCGCCGCCACUGCCAGCCCGAGGGUCGGGCCGGCAGGGUAACUCACCCUCCCACUUCACCCACCAGCCCGCGGGGUCCGGACCAUGGAGGACGUGAAGCUGGAAUUCCCCUCCCUCCCACAGUGCAAAGAAGACGCCGAGGAGUGGACCUACCCUAUGAGACGAGAGAUGCAGGAAAUUUUACCUGGAUUGUUCUUAGGCCCAUAUUCUUCUGCUAUGAAAAGCAAGCUACCUAUACUACAGAAACAUGGAAUAACCCACAUAAUUUGCAUACGACAAAAUAUUGAAGCAAACUUUAUUAAACCAAACUUUCAACAAUUAUUUAGGUAUUUAGUCUUGGAUAUUGCAGAUAAUCCAGUUGAAAAUAUCAUACGUUUUUUCCCUAUGACUAAGGAAUUUAUUGAUGGGAGCUUACAAACUGGAGGAAAAGUUCUUGUCCAUGGAAAUGCAGGGAUCUCCAGAAGUGCUGCCUUUGUUAUUGCAUACAUUAUGGAAACAUUUGGAGUGAAGUACAGAGAUGCAUUUGCUUAUGUCCAAGAAAGAAGAUUUUGUAUUAAUCCAAAUGCUGGUUUUGUCCAUCAACUUCAGGAAUAUGAAGCCAUCUACUUAGCAAAAUUAACAAUACAGAUGAUGUCACCACUCCAGAUAGAAAGGUCCUUAUCUGUUCAUUCUGGUACCACAGGCAGUUUGAAGAGAACACAUGAGGAAGAAGAUGACUUUGGAAACAUGCAAGUGGCAACUGCACAGAAUGGCUGACUCAAGAGGAACAUUAUAGAGGGUGUGAAUUUCUGUUUGGAAAGGAGAAAAUACUAGAAAUAAUAAUAAUGAUGUAAAAUGGUAAGAAAACAAGUAGUUUCUUUUCAAUUAUAUGUUGCUUUCAGACAUGUUUCUCUGCAACUUGUUGAGCAACAUUUUAAGAAGAUGUUGGACUUCUGAAUAGAUGGCACUGAUGGUUUUGGGUUUUUUUUGUUUUGUUUUGUUUUUUGUUUUGUUUUUUUAAAUACUUUACAGUUUAUUAUAAACCAAGAAUUUUGGACUUGCAAAGAGGUAUUAUUGCAAUAAUGCACUUUUCAUACUUGAAAUUUAUUUGUAUGAUAUAAAGUUAUUACUUUAAACAAAAUGCAAGUUAGGGGGAUUUGUUUAUAAAUUUUGGGUAAUUUAUAACAAAAGAAUUUCCUAAGGUUUGCUAAAAAUUCAUUUUGUGUUCUAUGUAUUACAUUUUUAAAAUAAUUUUACAGUUCACUUUUAUGAAGGAGCCUCUUACAGAAACAUUAACAAAAUGCAGCAGUCUGCCACAUUUUUUAUUAUAAUUCAGUUAUUUGCCAUUUUAUUUUUUUAAACUUCUUGAUUCCUUCUUAGUAUUCUUUCAAUCAUGACAUUAACCAACUAUCUUUACUGUAACUUAAUUCAGUUAAUGCUUCCUUUCCUAAUUUGUUUAUUCUAUAGGAAAAAAGGUUUUUUGAUGAUCAAAGAAAGAUGUUUUUGCUUUAUAGUACCAGAUGCUCAAAAACAAGGAUAGUGUUUGAUUUUCAAAUGACUUUCCAUUUUGCUUCCUUUUUUAAGCCAAAUGUUGUAUUUGUUCUUUUCAGAGUUGUCUAGCUCUUUUGACCUUUGUCCAAAAUGGUUCUAAAUAGAAUAUGAUAAACCAAUGUAGCACUAUUUUUUUCCAAAUGAAGCCCCCAAAAAGAAAGUGCCUUGCAUUAUUUUUUAAAAAAUUUAAAUUCUCAUGACCUCUAAAUUAGUAUGUAGAACACUGAAGAGUUCUUAACAUUUUUCUGUCAUUUUUGUUUUUAAAUCUUUAUAAAUUAGCUUAAACUGAAUGGGUGAGGCCUAAAGAAAAUGUUACUAAAUUUUUUUAAAAAUAUGGAACAUUUACUCUGUUUUGUUGUCUUAAUGAUUCUGUGAGAUUAUUCCAGCUCAGACAGAAGCUCUUCUUUGAAGAUGGAUUUAUUGGGGAAAGUGAUUUGUGGGUAGUUUUAGUGGUGUUUAAAUUAGUGAAUUAAUCAGUUCUUUAAAUUGAGUUAAUCCAAAUUUCCCCCAUAAUUUGCAUUAGCAGUCACUUUAUGAAUCUUUAGUUCUUCAUAUUUUUAUUUAUAUGUACAGUAGUUGUUCUAAGAAAAACAUUUUUGCUAUCUUAAGUAUGAUUUGAGGGAAGUUUUUAACUUUUUAUAGUUGAUGACUUUAGGGGUAGCACAAACAAAACUUUAUAUCUCACUUUUCUCAGUCCUCUCUUGAGGUGCUUUACUGAUGGGAAUAAAAAUCUGUGCAUUCCCAUAGUACCAAGAGGCACUAUGCAAGGUAACUUAUUACACCAGGUUACUUGCUUUCUUUCCUCCUUAUGAUGUAAUAAUACAGAAAAAAAAAUUUUAUCAGCAUAGUGCAACAAUGAAGAGUUAUUGAAAUUUUUUUGUUAAUUUAGAGUUAAGUCCUGUUGACUCGUAGUAUUCUUCUCAUUUCCCAUCUUUUCUUCUCUCACCACUCUGAAAAUAGUAUAUUGUUAAUCUCAUUGUGGUCCAGUAUUCUGUUGUGAUUAUAUUUGGUAUAGUGAUCUAGUGAAGUCAAGAUUGCAUUGAGUGUUCAAAAGUUCUAGCUGGUAAAAAGCCAGAUUCCACAGCUUUCCUGUAUGUAGAUCAUUAUUGAACAGGUCAGCAAACAUCUCUUACAAUCUCUAACAGAAACUGCUUGAAAUAAUCUUCAUAAAAGCAAAUUUAGAUUUACAAAUUAGGUAAUUGAAGUUUUUUUUAGUUUUUAAAUUCGUAUAAAACUACUUAUCCUCUGUAGCAGUCUGGCAAAAAAUACAAAUUUGGGUAGUGAUACCAAUUUGUAGCUAGUAAUUUUCCUCUUUUUCUAACCACUAUUUUUGUGUUGUCACUAAAGUGCCUGCCCAGCACUAUAUACUAAAGACAGUCUCAAACACUAGAAAACAGGACUACUAUCAUCUUGCAUAAAAUGUUAAUGGGUACAGAACAUGAGGUUUUACCCUUUCCUAUGAGAACAUUGCAAGUCCCCCCAACCCCUUAGAUCUGUUUAUCGACUUACAACUAGCUUUUUUGUAACUACUCAUUCUUUAUUCUAUUUGGUCUCAUUUCUCUGCUACUUUCAUUUCCAGUGAUGUUUUGUGAUAAUUAACUUAACCAAUCAUGAUUUAUUUUGUAGAGUAGUUGAAUAAUGUAUGAGAUAUCACCCAAUUUUAACAUUAAAUAUAUAAUCCAGGCACAGAAUUUAAAAUGAAAUUGAAUUGAAAUACAGGCAAACUGCAUUACUAUCCAUUUUUAAAGUAUGAAACUUAAAUACUGAAAAUAUUCAAACUGAAAUGGCAGUAUUCUUACCUUCUAAUUUCAGUUAAUUCGUUCAUGUUAAUUUGUUAUCCAUUAGAUAUUUAAACAAGUUACUUUUAUUUGUAUCUACUCCGGUGGAAGUGUUAGACUGUGAUAGCUUUUGCUACCAAUUCUCAACCACUUAACUUUUAGAGCAGAAUACUCAUUUUGGGGGGAUUUUGUGCUUAGAAUCUGAGUUUAGAAGUAAUGUCAAAAUGUUAAGCAUGUCCUUUUCAAGAAAAUAUAAGGUUCCUAAUUGUCUUAUUACCAUGGUGAUUCAAGUGAAUUAGAAGUAUUUAACUGCAGUCUUGAAUUAUAAAGUUGAGAUGUAUCUAUCAGGAUCUCAGCUUGAUGUAAAGUAAAUGAGCAGUUACCUGGCGGAUUUAUUUUUUAAAUAAUUGGUUUAAUCCAUAAUUCCAUAACAUAGCUUCACUUCAAUAUUUACUUUACUUUUGUCCAUUCAUUGAUAAGAAAAUAAUAGGAAGUAGUUAAGAAUUACUAAAAUUCUUUAAUUUCUUUUUUAUUAGAAAAAUAAGUUUCUAGGGUAUUGAAUGCUGGAUUUUCUUUGUCUUUCCCAUCCAUGGCAGCUAUUAAAAAAAAAAAAAAAAAAAAAAAAAAAAACUCACUCAAAAUAUUCAGGUUUACAUGUUAGCUCCCUCUCAUAGGGAGUUGCCAUACCUCACAGUUCAAAGUGUAUUCUAUAGAUCAGUAACAUACUGACAUGUAAUUGCAAUUUACUAUGCAGCAAAAAUGAUUCAAGAAGAAAACAUUACAGUGUCUAUUUACCUUUGUAUAAGCAAUUGCUUAUGUUACUCUGCUUUUAACAUUUGUAUUUGGAUAAAAUGCUUAUGUAUGUAUAGGAAUGUCACAGUGCAAAAUGCUGCUAGCCCAGGCACAAAGUAUUAAAAUUAUUUUGUGAAGAUUGGUGGUUGUAUUAAAACUGUUGUGCCAUUAUACCUCAAAAAUCCUGAAAAGUUCAUUCAUACUGCUUAUGCCUGAAAAUUGCUUUACUUGUUUUCUGGGUAAAAGUAACCCAGUUUUACACUCACAGAUUUAAAAAAAGGUGAAUGAACAUUGCAUAUUGAGAAGCACUUAAGAAUAUCUUUCAAAACUUUGUGGUCACACACACAAAAAAUGAGAAGUCUACAAGCCCCAAAUUUGUAAGCUGAGCAAGUUGGGAAAUCUAAGGGAGAGAAUUCAUGUUUGAAAGAAGGCUUAUAGAACCACUUUCAAUCCAUUUUUUAAAAAAAACUUCAAUUUUAUAGUACUUUCUUCCCUCUCUCAUCCUGUACUCUUUACUUAAUCAAAUCUAAGAUUCCACCUAAAUAAAUCAUGAUUUUAGAUUCCACUAAGAGCAACUAAACUAUACCAGGUCACUGAUCCUAAAAUGCAUACAGAUUUCAGGGAUGGUCCAAUAGUACCUUUUUGGGUCAAUGAAAUGUAAGCACACAAAACAUGGGACACCUGAAAAUCAGAACUACCACUCAUUAUACCUUUUCAAAAACAAAAUGCUAACAAAAAGAAGUUAAUAUAGUUCAUAUAUUAAAUGCAGAUUUUUUUCAUAUUGUUUACUUACAAUGUGGAUUAGAAAUAAACAUUUUGAUAACUAGA